UCCUAACCUGGAAGACUUGAGCAGCUGGGGACUGGCACAGUUGGGGCUUUUGGGAUGUCUAUAUAUAACUGACCACUCCAAAGGAUCUGUCUCCAAAAUGGGAAAUGAUCUUCAUUGGUUAGCAUGUGCCUUAUAUGUGGCUUGCAGAAAAUCUGUUCCCACUGUAAGCAAAGGGACAGUUGAAGGAAACUAUGUGUCUUUAACUAGAAUCCUGCGCUGUUCAGAACAGAGCUUAAUUGAAUUUUUUAACAAGAUGAAGAAGUGGGAAGAUAUGGCAAAUCUACCCCCACAUUUCAGAGAACGGACUGAGAGAUUGGAAAGAAACUUUACUGUUUCAGCUGUAAUUUUUAAGAAAUAUGAACCAAUUUUUCAAGACAUUUUCAAAUAUCCCCAAGAGGAGCAGCCUCGUCAUCAAAGAGGAAGAAAACAAAGGCGACAGCCCUGUACCGUGUCUGAAAUUUUCCAUUUUUGUUGGGUGCUUUUUAUAUAUGCAAAAGGUAAUUUUCCUAUGAUUAGUGAUGAUUUGGUCAAUUCCUACCAUCUUCUGCUGUGUGCUUUAGAUUUAGUUUAUGGAAAUGCUAUACAGUGUUCCAAUCGUAAAGAACUGGUGAAUCCUAAUUUUAAAGAUGUACUUCUCAAGGGUAAAGAAGAAAAUCUUACUGGUUUUCUGGAACCUGGGAACUUUGGAGAGAGUUUUAAAGCCAUCAGUAAGGCCUAUGAGGAGUAUGUUCUAUCUGCUGGGAAUUUAGAUGAACGGAUAUUUCUUGGAGAGGAUGCUGAGGAGGAAAUUGGGACUCUGUCCCGGUGUCUGAACAUGGGGUCAGGAGCAGAGAGUGCUGAGAGAGCACAGGUGAAAAACAUCUUGCAGCAGCACUUCGACAAGUCAAAAGCACUUAAAAUCUCCACACCGCUUAGUGGUAUGAAGUACAAUAAGGAGAACAGCCCUUGUAUGACCCCCAUUACCACAGCUGCACACAGCUUGAGCCGUCUUCAUACCAUGCUGACAGGCCUCAGGAAUGCACCAAGUGAGAAGCUAGAACAGAUUCUCAGGACAUGUUCCAGGGAUCCAACCCAGGCUAUUGCUAACAGAUUGAAAGAAAUGUAUGAAAUAUAUUCUCAGCAUUACAAGCUAGAUGAGGAUUUUAGUAACUGUGCUAAAGAAAUUGCCAGCAAACAUUUUCGUUUCGCAGAAAUGCUUUACUAUAAAGUAUUGGAAUCUGUUAUUGAGCAGGAACAGAAAAGAUUGGGAGACAUGGAUUUAUCUGGUAUUCUGGAACAGGAUGCAUUCCAUAGAUCACUCUUGGCCUGCUGCCUUGAAGUCAUCACUUUUUCUUACAAGCCUCCUGGGAAUUUUCCACUCAUUGCUGAAAUAUUUGAUGUUCCGCUUUAUCAUUUUUAUAAGGUAAUAGAAGUAUUCAUUAGGGCAGAAGAUGGCCUUUGUAGAGAAGUGGUAAAACACCUGAAUCAGAUUGAAGAACAGAUAUUAGAUCAUUUAGCAUGGAAACCAGAGUCUCCACUCUGGCAAAGAAUUAAAGACAAUGAAAACAGAGUUCCUACAUGUGAAGAGGUCAUGCCACCUCAGAACCUGGAAAGAACAGAUGAAAUUUGUACUGUUGCUUCCCCUUUAACUCCCAGAAGGGUGAGUGAAAUUCGUGCUGAUACUGGAGGACUUGGAAGAAGCAUGACAUCUCCAACCACAUUGUAUGAUAGAUACAGCUCACCAACAGUCAGUAGUACCAGAAGGAGGCUAUUUGAGAGUGAUAGCCCUUCUGAUGGAGGGACAGCUGGGCGUGUCUCCCAACAGCCCCUAGUCAAUGCUGUCCCUGUGCAGAAUGUAUCUGGAGAAACUGUUUCUGUUACACCGGUUCCUGGACAGACCCUGGUCACCAUGGCAACAGCCACUGUUACAGCCAACAAUGGACAAACAGUGACCAUUCCAGUACAAGGUAUUGCCAAUGAAAAUGGAGGGAUAACAUUCUUCCCAGUUCAAGUCAAUGUUGGGGGGCAGGCACAGGCUGUUACUGGCUCUAUCCAGCCCCUCAGUGCUCAAGCCCUGACUGGAAGUCUGAGUACUCAACAGGUGACAGGAACAACUUUGCAAGUCCCUGGUCAAGUAUCCAUUCAGCAGCUUUCCCCAGGUGGACAACAGCUUAAACAAGGCCAGCCUUUACCCAACGGCAGUGUUAGACCCAGGAAGACCAGCUCUUUAUCACUCUUCUUUAGAAAGGUUUACCACUUAGCUGGUGUCCGCCUUCGGGAUCUUUGUGCUAAACUAGAUAUUUCAGAUGAACUGAGGAAAAAAAUCUGGACCUGCUUUGAAUUCUCCAUAAUUCAGUGUCCUGAACUUAUGAUGGACAGACAUCUGGACCAGUUGUUAAUGUGUGCCAUUUAUGUGAUGGCAAAGGUCACAAAAGAAGACAAGUCUUUCCAGAAUAUCAUGCGUUGUUACAGGACUCAGCCACAGGCAUGUAGCCAGGUCUAUAGAAGUGUGUUGAUAAAAGGAAAACAAAAAAGAAGAAAUUCUGGCAGCAGUGAAAGCAGAAGCCAUCAAAAUUCUCCAACAGAACCAAACAAAGACCGAGCCAGUAGAGACUCCAGUCCAGUUAUGAGGUCAAGUAGCACCUUGCCAGUUCCACAACCCAGCAGUGCCCCUCCUACACCUACUAGGCUCACAGGUGCAAACAGUGACAUGGAAGAGGAGGAGAGAGGAGACCUCAUUCAGUUCUAUAACAACAUCUAUAUAAAACAAAUGAAAGCAUUUGCCAUGAAGUACUCACAGGCAAAUACAAUGGAUGCCCCUCCACUCUCUCCCUAUCCAUUUAUAAGAACAGGCUCCCCUCGCCGAAUACAGCUGUCUCAAAAUCAUCCUAUCUACAUUUCCCCACAUAAAAAUGAAACAAUGCUUUCUCCUCGAGAAAAGAUUUUUUACUACUUCAGCAACAGUCCAUCAAAGAGACUAAGAGAAAUCAACAGUAUGAUACGGACAGGAGAAACUCCAACAAAAAAGAGGGGGAUUAUCCUGGACGAUGGAAGUGAAUCACCAGCAAAAAGAAUCUGCCCAGAAAAUCAUUCUGCUCUAUUACGCCGUCUCCAAGACGUAGCUAAUGACCGAGGUUCCCACUGAGGUUAGUCUGUGCUGUUAAAAGCAUCUUUGCACUAACUGUUCAGCAGCGUUGUUUACUGCUGCUAGUCAGAUGCAUGCUAGGUGACAACUCUUUUCUUUAAUCUCACCAAAUUACAGCCUGUUAGAAACAGGAAGGGAAGGGAUACUUUGGUGAGAAACUGAUUUUAUUCCUUCCAAUAUCCUUAGGAUAUUUUUAUUUAUCCCAACUGCCUUUUCCUCUCCCAUUUAGUGCUUAGUAUCAACACUGCUCAGAGUCCAGUGACUUUUAACUUUUUGACAAACCUUUACAAAUAACUAGAGAAUGAAAUGAAUUCACAUGAGGUCUCUGCUGAUAUGUUACAGCAGAGGAACUGUAUUUCAAAUUCAUUCCUGACCUUUUAUGCUUAGCACUAGUCCUUAUGAUAAGGAGAACAAAAUUUAUUAGUCCCAACACACUCAGUAAGAGUGAGAUUUUUAUGUUCACAAAGUAGAAGACAACGGAGGUUCCAGGCCACUAGCUUGAGUCUCCUGCGCCCUCUAUGCACUUUCCCCCUUCCCCAGUCAGUAAAAGUUGUGCAAUGUCUCAGUGAACCUGUGUAUGUGGUGGCACUUUAGGGUGUAAAAUGUGUGAUUUUGUAACCCAGAUUUUGCUACAUAUUUGUGAUGGCACUUUCUACAAUGUGAACUAGUAAGUACAAAACUUAAGAGGCAAAACAGCCAACAUUUUCUUUUGUACUUUCAUAAAUUGUUAAUGCCCCAGAGCCACCUUUUGGGCAUUGCUUUAAAUUCUCCAGUGUUUGUUUUUUUGUUUGUUAUUGUUAUAUAGGGGUUAUCAGCUGACUAAGAAAAGAUUUUUAAAUUGAGCUAGGGGACUACUUUAGCAUGUAUAAUAUCUUCCGGUCUGUUCCUGAUAGGUUGGAGAAUUUAGAUUUUUAUUAGUUCAUAGUGCCAUUUAUAUUCAGUUAGAAAAGUAUUUAACAGCUACUGAAUUAUCUAUACAUACCUUUGUUAAUCACUAUUGAUCCAGCAGUAAUCUUAUUAGGGAGAAAAUUCAAUUGUAAAUUGAAUCAGUAUAAACAAAGUUACUAGGUAACUUCAUAUUGUUUUAAAGGAAAUAUGAAACUUACACUAUUCAAGUAGAAUAGUGUUCAGCAAAACUAUUUAUAAAGCCUCUGAAGAAGUUAACUGCUACUGUAAUUUUAUAUGAAAAUAAGUAUUUUUCAAUAAAGCAUUUAUAAAUUAA